AUGAAGACCCUGAUGCGCCAUGGUCUGGCAGUGUGUUUAGCGCUCACCACCAUGUGCACCAGCUUGUUGCUUGUGUACAGCAGCCUUGGCGGCCAGAAGGAGCGGCCCUUGCAGCAGCAGCAGGCGGCGACAGGCAGCGCACAGCCUUUGGCGGAGAGCAGCCCCCCUCCGCGCCCCGCGGCGCCCGCGGGACCACGGCCCCUGGAAGGAUACCUCGGCGUGGCUGACCACAAGCCCCUGAAAAUGCACUGCAAAGAUUGUGCCCUGGUGACAAGCUCAGGACAUCUGCUGCGCAGCCAGCAAGGCACACAGAUUGACGAAACAGAGUGUGUCAUUCGCAUGAAUGAUGCUCCUACGCGAGGUUACGGGCGUGAUGUGGGCAAUCGGACCAGUCUGCGAGUCAUCGCCCAUUCCAGCAUCCAGAGGAUCCUGCGCAACCGCCAGGACUUGCUCAAUGUGAGUCAGGGCACCGUGUUCAUCUUCUGGGGGCCCAGCAGCUACAUGCGGCGGGACGGCAAGGGCCAGGUCUACAACAACCUGCAGCUGCUGAGCCAGGUGUUGCCCAAGCUCAAGGCCUUCAUGAUCACACGCCACAAGAUGCUGCAAUUUGACGAGCUCUUCAAGAAGGAGACGGGCAAAGACAGGAAGAUCUCCAACACUUGGCUUAGCACCGGCUGGUUCACAAUGACCAUCGCCUUGGAGCUCUGUGACAGGAUCAAUGUUUAUGGCAUGGUGCCCCCAGACUUCUGCAGGGAUCCCAGUCACCCUUCAGUACCUUAUCAUUAUUAUGAGCCUUUUGGACCUGAUGAAUGUACAAUGUAUCUUUCCCACGAGCGUGGACGCAAGGGCAGUCAUCACCGCUUCAUCACAGAAAAGCGAGUCUUUAAGAACUGGGCACGGACAUUCAAUAUUCACUUUUUUCAACCUGACUGGAAACCAGAACCACUUGCUAUAAAUCAUCCUGAGACUAAACCUGUUUUCUGA